AUGGCAACCAACACUCCUUUACAUCGUACUCAGGGAGAUGGUAUGGAAAAAAUAGAAAAUUAUGAAUCUGUAGAACAUACAAUAGUUUUGCAACCGCAAGAAAAUAAAGAAUCAAUAGAUAAAACUAAUAAUUUUACUCUACCCAAAAGUGUACCUUUUAAUAAUUUCGAUUUGGCAAUACAGCUUACACCUCCUCAUGCAGUAAAUAAAAAAAAAAAAAAAUUAUUUGAAAAUAUUAAAAAUAGAGAACCUAAAUUUGUGCCUUAUGAACCUUAUAAAGCAGCUGUUAAACCCAUCGUGCCGAAUUCGAUCAAAGUGAACAACAAGCAAAAAACGAAGAAAAAUUUUGCGGCAAUUUUCAGAACGAAGAAAUUAUCGGAAAAUGAAACAAAGGAUGAAAAAGACUGUGUUAAAUCAGAUGUAAAAAGUGAAAAUCAAAGUAGUGAUGUUGAUUGGAAAGCAAAAUUUAAAAUAUUAGAAUUGGAAAUGUUAACGUUGAAAGAAGAAAACGAACAAUUAGAAAAUCAAUUAAAAUUUCAAGUUCAAGUUAAUGGAGAAUUGAAAAAUUUAUUAGUUGCAGCUGUUGGAGAGGAUAUGGAAACAAAAGUUCAUGUUUUAACAGAAGAUAAGUUACAUUUGGCUCAGGCUUUAUUAGCAUCGUCGGAAUCUCUUUCGUCUCAUCAAGAACAAACAGAAUGGUUAGCCGGUCAAUGCGAAGUUUGGAGAAGUAAAUUUUUAGCCAGCAGUGUUAUGGUAGAAGAACUUGCUAGAUGGAAAGCAUCUUUAUGUCAAAAAGUUAACGAGGCAAAUGAUGCAUUAAAAAAAUUUUUAGACGAAGAAAAAAUGAUUCGGGAAAAUGUAGCAAAAACCUAUGACAAUCUUUGUGUUCUAAGGGAUAAUUUCGAUUUGCAUAAUAAAAAAAAUAAAAUGUUUAAAUGGAACAUAAUGGAUGUUUGCAAAGAAAAUUUAAAUCUGUCUGAAAUAUUAAUCGUAGAGCUAUUAGGAUCAAAACAAAUGGACAUAAAAAAAAAUGUUUGUUUAAAUCAUUGGGAAAAAACACAAGCGGAAAAAUCUGCUGAAAAAGUAAAACCGGAUGAAGCUUGUAAUGCUGUCGUCGGAGCAGCUGUGACAUUAAGCGGAAAACUCUACCUUCAAACUCAUCCCCCCAAAAUAGAAUGUUGUCCUCAAUGCACUGGAGAAAUAAAACUUGUAUGA